CAGACAACAUGUACUUGCAGCUUUACGCGGAAAUACUAUUUGUAUCUACACUAUAAACCGUUUAACUGCCUUUUGAAUAGUUAAUAUCUUCGAGUUAUUAGAAGCGCGCACAAAAGAACUGUAAUUCCUUCUUGGACUUGUAACAAUUACUUAGUUCUUGGUAGACGCAGUGUCUUUUUGCUGACCGGAAUCUGAAAAUAUGGGUGGCUGCUGCACUUGCUUUGGAUCAAACGAAAAUCCAAAAAAGAAGUAUUUCUAUCCCCAACGACAAUAUCCCGCAAAUGAUGCAGAUUAUACCGCUACCACAACUUACAUGGACAACGGCCAAGCAUGGGUAGAUCAUGGUGAUAGUACAAAAACCGGCGGAAACUACUCCGAGACCGCAACAGCGACGGAAACCUAUGUCCGAGAUGAUCCCGGUUGCACUAGUGGAGACACCGGUGGUAUUUCCGGAGGCACUGGCGAUUCAGGCUGCUGUGAUACCGGCGGGGGCGGAGGAGGAGACAGCGGUGGCGGAUGUGACAGUGGAGGUGGUGGCGGUGACUAAUGCAUAUUUAUGAAUAAAUCAUUAAACGUACGCUCUGUACAUGUUUGUCGAACGCACUGUAACUGCGGCAUUUUACGGCGCCAAUUUACCACACUAGAUAUUCAGCACCAGAGUGAGUACAUUCCAACAACUGCCGAGAACAGAAUUUAUCAGCGAAUUUAUUUGAAUUCUGCAAGAAAAAAAUAACCGUGCGUCAUAAAUAACGAAUAACUCUAACACUUUAUUGUCCGUCAAGUCCGAGAAUUGAUUGCGUUAAUGGUCACUGGUUUCACUGGUCAGUAAUUGUUGUCUUUGUCUUUUGAUGCACUUAUUAUAGCAAAUCUGCUAUUGUGAAGCUUCUGAUAUCUGGUACAUAUGCUGUAAUUCUGAUUCGAAUGCCAACAUGAUUUUCAGAUGGCGCAUUAAAAAGUAAUU